CCGGGGGCCGCGCACCCCGCCGAGACCCGCCCGCGGCCCAGGCCCGCGCCAGUGACGACACCUGCGCGGCGGCGGGGCAGGGGACGGCGCGGGGGAAGGAAGCGGCCUCCGCCCAGGCCGGGCCCUGCGCCGCGCUCACCGUCCGGCUCAGGGACUCGGGGGCCCGCCGCCCGCCGCCGCCCGCCGCCGCCCCGGGGCCCCGUCGGCGCUCGGCUGGAGACGUCGCGGCACAGACAGCCGCGCGGGAGCCGACCCUUCGCUGAGCGCCGCGGGCAGAAAACGCAGCGGACCCACUUCCGGCUCGUUUCCACGUUUCAAAGCGCCGCGUCGCUCUUCUGCGAUGAGUCUGGUGCUCAGAAAUCUGCAGCGCGCUGUGCCCGUCAGGAGGGGGCGCCUUCGCAAGAGGAUGGAGAUCGUGAGGCGCGUGCUCGGGGUGCAGAAGUUCGACCUGGGGAUCGUCUGCGUCGACAACAGGAGUAUUCAGCACAUCAACAGCGUCUACAGAGGGAAAAACAUCCCAACUGAUGUGCUUUCCUUUCCAUUUCAUGAGAAUAUAAAAGCGGGGGAACUUCCCCAGCCUGAUUUUCAAGAUGACUACAAUUUGGGGGACAUCUUCCUAGGCGUGGAGUGUAUCUUCCAGCAGUGCGAAGGGGACGAGGACUACUAUGACGUCCUUACUGUGACUGCCACCCAUGGGCUCUGUCACCUGCUGGGCUUCACACACAGCACAGAGGCUGAGUGGCAGAAGAUGUACCAGAAGGAGAAGCAGGUUCUCGAGGAGCUGAGCCGGCACACCGGAACCAGGCUCCAGCCUCUGAGCAGAGGCCUCUUCUGAUGAUACUGGAGGCCCAGCAGCCGGGUGGCACCCAAGGAAUUCUCCAGAGCACAGAGACACCAUGUGAACGGCAGAUGGACCUUCCCUUUCAGGCCCUGAGGACCAGGGACUCCACCAAACUGAGGGCCUGCUGGUCACUGCUGCCCUGUGGGGCCACAGGAGUGACACACACUCGGGGGCAAAAUUACACAAGUGGAACCUGA